UCAGACUCGGAUAAUUACUGUAAAUUUAUUACCUACGCUAUUAUUUUUGUUAGAGAGCCUUAAUAUAUUAUUUAAAAUAAAUAUAAUAUAGUAUACAUUUAUAUAUAAAGGCUCUCUUAACAUUUGUCAUUAUUAUUAUUAUUGAGUGUCGAAAUCAGUCCUCGGAUAUUAUGAUAUUAUGAUGGUACAAUAAAAUAAUAUGUGUUAUUAAUGUCUGGGGUAUCGAUUCAAUAUUAUGCUUUAUGUAAAUUACCGAUAUGACGUACCUAUUUUAUAUUAAUUUAUAAAUUCUUGAUGAUCAAACCACACGGUAAUUAAUACUAAAACAUAAGAUUAAUAUUUAACUAUUUUACUAUCGGAAAUCGUCGUGAGAUGGCAGGAAAAAAUCCAUAUGAAAAAAGACUUCUUAAGGAAUAUCAGUUAUUUGUUAGUGCACCUCCUCACGGGAUGUUUGUAAAUGUUGAUCAAGCUGAAAAAAAUCUCAAAAUUUGGAUUAUAAAUAUGCAAGGCGCUGAAGGUACUUUAUAUGAUGGAGAACAGUUCCAGUUACAGUUCAAAUUUGAUACCAGAUAUCCUUUCGAGUCGCCUGAAGUUACAUUUGUAGGCGAAAACAUUCCAGUUCAUCCACAUGUGUAUAGUAAUGGCCAUAUAUGUUUAUCUAUUCUUACUAAUGACUGGUCACCAGCAUUAACUGUUCAGUCUGUCUGUCUUUCAAUUAUGUCUAUGCUAAGCAGCUGCAAAGAAAAGAAAAGACCUGAAGGUGAUAGCAUGUACGUAAAAAUUGGCAACAAAAAUCCAAAAGAAACAAAUUGGUGGUACCAUGAUGACAAUGUUUGAAGUAUUGAAUAUCAACUCUAUUAUUUAUUUACGAGCUAUUAUUCUUAUUUAGUACAAAAAUUGUGACCAUAUUUUUAUUGCAGUUAAAUAUAUACCUCAUUUUAACACAGCCAUUAAUUGUACCCAGAUCUUUUUAAAUCUAUAUUUGUUAACUAUAAAUACCUGAGUGUUUCUCAACCAGUAGGUCACCAACUAAAGUUAGAAAUAUCUAUAGUAAAUAAGUAUAUCAUGUCUAAAUUCACAACAUAACCAUAAAGAAUCAUAGUUUAAGAAUAAUUAUUAAUAUUUUAAGAUUUUUAUACAUAUUUAUUUAUUUGUUUAUUUAUUUAUCAACGCCCCAGAGGCAUUAGUAUAGUACAGAUUAUAAUAAUAGAUAUUACAUAGUACUACAAGGUAAGAAAAACAGAACAUUAAUGCAAGACUAAAGAAUAAGCUAAAGAAAAUAUUAACAAGUACAAUUUUUAAGUUUUUGAAUUAUAGAUGGCAAAGAAUCAUAAAAAAUAUCAAUAUUUGACACAUUAUUAAUAGAUUGACAAGCACGAUCAAGAGGGACUGCUAAAGUUUGUGUAUGUUUAAAAAAAUGUUUUAAAUUUGUUUUCAAGUAUUAAGUGAGGCGGGAAAAAAAUUAUAAAAUAGAAUUUUUUUUGUAGAAACUAGAAUGUAUGUAAGCGAAUAAUGUUAAUUUUCUGUCGCUUCGCUGAUUACAAAAAUAUGUUGAUGUAUUUAUAAUUUAUAUAAUAUAAUUUUGUACAUUGUAACUUGUAGCAUAGAUUAAGACGUAUACUUUAGAAUAUUAAUUAAUCUAUGGUUGUAGAGUGUAAUAUAAUAUGUAUACUAUAGUUUAUAUUUUUAGUUAGCUGCUGCUUAAGAUUUGAGGUUUGGCCAUACUUUUGAAAUAAAAUAUGCAUUAAUAGUUCAUACUUCAAAAUUAGAUAUUCUC